AUGUAUCCCAUUGUUGGCGGGCCUGACCUGUUCCUUGACUCGGAUCGAAUUCAACCAUUUAGGUCCACGGACCCAAACAUAAUAUGGACCGAGGAGACACGUACCACAAAGAUUGUCAAUGGGCACCAUCAGACUAUCCAUACGUUAGUAGACAAAGAUGGGAAUGUGCGCCGCUCAUAUGAUGUUGAUGGAAAGCACUGGGAGACUUUCAAUGAUCAGAUUAUUCAACCGUAUGAGGCACUCUACGAUACGCAUCACGAACGCAUCGAUUUUGCUCCACAUCCACAUCCACAUUCGAACUCACAUCCUCCAUCCUCUUCACAUGACAUGGAUCUCCAGGCUAUCCAUAUGUUUCAGCAACCCCACAACCCACCCGGUCCCCCGACACAUCAUGUCCGAACCAAGUCUCAGCAUAUUCCUACGCGUCACUCAUAUCGCCGCAUGUACUCUUACUCUGAGGAGGAUUUAGGUGCACCCCGGCAAGAAGAGCAUCACUACCCGGCGGCAGCCUCUGAGUACCGUUCGAAGAGACACUACGAGCAGGCUGUACCUCCCACACCCCCACGAGACCCGGACCCUGCACACAGACGAGCAAUGAGGCCAGAUGGCUUCUACAAGACUGGGUAUCCGGACCGAGAGCCACCUACAUACAUGUCGCCUAACCCCGAGCACGAGGUCAAAGAGAAACGAUGUAACAACACGUCUGAUGGGAUCAAAGGUCAGGCCGGCUUAGGUGCAAUGGCAAAUCGGCUUGUAAAAAUUGCUGAAGCGGGGAAGACUCCCUUCGAAGCGCGCACGGGCACACAGUUGGACAAAGGGAAGCUACGGUUCAGCGGGCUGGCGUCGCAAUCUCACAUACUCAGCGCGAACCUUUUCCAUGUUCUCAGGGCAUGUGCUAUAUUUGAGGGCAAGGGCGUGAGGAUGACCAACGGGAAAUCCACACAGCCCUCCUCGGCCUCGACUGUCUCGAGACGCCAUUCAGUACCACCAACUACCUCUCCCCGCUCGGAGGCAUUUGAUGUUCGCAUGAUGCCGGCACCACCUGUUCCGCAAGUGCACGUUCACCUCGCCGAGCCCCGCCCCGUUUUGCAUCAUAAACAUUCUCACGCUGCAUCAUUACAUUCAUGGGGGAGUCAGGAUAUCGAGUCUCAAGCGCGCAUCUCGCGCGUUAUUUGGACAAAGUACUCUCUGCCUGCAUGGUCGGCCCUUAAUGUAGAAAAGAACACGACAUCUCGACCUCAGCAUCAGGAGCUCGAUGUUGAAAUUAAUUUGAAUUCGCGCUCGGAAAGCCAGAUGGGACAGUACAAGUGCAACUGCGACUGCAAUAAGCAUGCUAGCCCUAAGCGCAAGCGUACCCGGAUGUGCCUGUGCAUUUUGGUUAUUUUGCUCAUUCUUCUUGCGGUUGUUGACGUGAUCUUCUUGAAUGUACGGGUUCUCAAUCCGGACUUUGGAAUUAUCCAACCCACCGUCACGCCCACUCCUACGAACCUCUCUCGUGAUGGAAUGUCAGCGCCUAUUGCUCCUACGGCUACGGCUACUGCAACCCGGCCCAGCACUGAAACCGACCGUCCUUCAUCAACCACCGUAGCUGCAUCCUCGACCGCUUCUGUUGCACCAUCUGUGCUACAAAAUUGCCUGACCCAGUUUCAGCUCAACGCUCCAUCGGCCCCCGAGUCCUAUCCUUGCGAUACUUGUUUCUCUGCAUUAAGUGGAGCACCGUCGAAUGCUGGAGCCGCCCCCGCUACACAGUUCUGUGCAAUGAAAGCUAUAUUCGAUUCUGCAGGAUCAAGUGGUUCCGCCAGUAACGUGGCGCUCUCUGGCGCCGGCUGGAUGAAAGACGCUAAGCCCUGCGGAUGGAGUGGCGUCACCUGCGAUAACAACGGAAAUAUCAACAACAUUAUCCUUACAUUUCCUGGCGUUCCUGCUGCCAUCCCGACCGAACUAUCAUCCAUUUCGACUCUCACGAGCCUGAAAAUCACCGGCAAUGGCGAUCUACCUUCUGGCUCCCUCCCGGCUCUCCGCUCCCUUACCAACUUAGACUUGGAAAAUACCGGACUAUCUUCGUUUGCAGACGACGCUUUCUCCGCCGUCAAUACUUUGAACUCUCUGACUCUGGUUCGUAACUUGAAGAUGGGUUCGAGUCUGCCCAGCAGUAUCGGUUCUCUUUCUUUGAGGUCCUUGAUUGUUAACGGCCAAGCUUUGACUUCUCUUGACAUCGUACUUAGCUCAUCCAGUUUGGCUUCGUCUCUCCAAACUUUGGAUUUGUCCUCUAACAGCAUAGCCUCUACUCUUCCCUCUGAUCUUUCAGGGAUGAAGACCCUUGCAGAGUUGAACCUCUCUGGAAACGACAUCUCUUCUCCUUUUCCCGCUGUGAUGCCUACCCCGCUCCAGGUGUUGAACCUUGAGGGCAAUAUGGCAGAUCAUGGGCAUUCACACGAAGGCGGAGAUCAUGGGCACUCUCAUGACGGGCCUCACGCCCACUCUCAUUCCCCUCAGCCUGGACAAGGUCCCCCACAACAGUUACUAAACCCGGACCCAAUCGAUCCUGCUUUACUGGCUGAUAUGGAUGCUAACUUUAAGCCUCGUCCGGUGAAGCUCGUUGGACCCGAGGGCAAUACCACUUGUCAGGUUGUCUGCCCUGAGCAUAGCACGGAUAAAUGUGAUGAAUGCGGGGUAGACUACACCGACCUCAAUCUACUUGCUCGUAUGCUGGUCCAGGCGCCGAAUCUUAUUGUACCACCUCCACCGCAAGUCACAGAUAAGAACCGGUCGGCGCAUGUGUCAAAGUUCAAGGAUGAAGGAAAUGCAGCUUAUAAAGCAGGUAAAUGGCCAGCGGCGAUCCAAAGCUAUACUAUGUCGGCCAAUAUUGCCGCAUCGAGACCAAAUUGGGAGCCACACACGCUGGCUCGAGAAGAAAUCUCAACCGUUCUCUCCAACCGGUCUGCGGCACACUUGUCAGCCGGCGACUAUAUUCCGGCCCUUGUUGAUGCAGACGUUGUUAUUGCAUUAAGAAAGCCUUGGACAAAGGGUCAUUUCCGGAAAGCAAAGGCCUUGGUUGCGCUCCAGCACUAUGAAGAAGCUAGGGAUGCUAUUGCCGCAGGCCUGCAAUUUGAACCUGACAACAAGGAAUUACUGGACUUUAUGAGGGAGGUAGAGAGCAAAAUUGAAGCGACAAAACCACCAAUAAAAGCUUCGGCCUGA